AUGGAAACCACCCUCACACACCGGCCAUGGGAGCCUGCCACAACGGGACCGCAGGGCAUCGCAACCACCCAGACCCUGCCUUCGAUUUCAACGUUGACAGCGAGCAUGACGGGUAUUCCGACUCAGGCGGAGAAAUCGCCUGGAAAUGCCUCGUUAAACACAAUCGAGCGAGAUUCAGGGAACUGGUCUAUGCCUCAGAGUACAAGAUCUUCGACCUAUUCCACCGCGACAAACGGCACCGGAAACUACCCCUCCCUUUCAUUCCUCACAUCCUCACAACCGUCCCCAAAUCGCGUCUCCCUUGUCUCCGACCGAUCUCCAUACCCCAAUGACCUCUCCAGUACUACUACCCCUUCUUCAGCUGGAGCUCAGCCAUCCCCCAAUUUCGGUCACGCUCAACCCCCGACGACACUACCUUCCAUAAACCAACAUUACGAUGCGCCUUCCCAGAGAGCCAGCAUCGCGGAACCGGCAGAGUCGCGACGGAGCAGCGUGGAUAGCAGAAUGAAUCAGGGAAUCAGCUCUCUCGCCAUCAACCCGGCUUCCCCGUACCAUAGCACGAACGCCUCGCAGUCGUCAAUUGUUUCUGGCCUACAACGGGAACGUGGGAUUUCGAUGGAUGUUAAUAUGAACAACACCUACCGGGGUCCUCGCUAUUCUGCCGGACAGCCUCUUUCUCCCCUUGGCCCAAGAGCUGGCGAGCAUCGUAGCUUUGCGGCUGGCCGCACUGCACCUGCAAUCUCGUCGAAUCCUCGGUCAGAAAUUUACAAUGCGGAGGCGCCCACCGCGGGUCUCGCGUAUGCUUUCCCAGAUCCAGAUGUCGCCCGGUCGAAUUCAGUUUCGUCUACCGCCGACAAACCUCUUAACGGCCAUCAGUUUACACGGAAAGGAAGCACGGCAGAGUCUCUGGCCAGCAGUGUGUAUUCCGAUGCACGCCUACCCCGUGGACAGCAUGCAGAACUUCCUCAAAAUGUACAUCACCAUACACUUCAGCAUAAACAAGUCCGGGGUUUGAUCGGCGAGGCGGAGGCGCAUGGCGGCAGCACUCCCUACAGCCGCACUCCAGAAUUGCGCGUCACCCACAAGCUAGCUGAGCGGAAGCGCCGGAGCGAGAUGAAAGACUGUUUUGAAGCCCUACGCGUCCGUCUUCCGCAGAGUCAGAACAACAAAUCUAGCAAGUGGGAGACUCUCACUAGAGCGAUCGAGUACAUUAGCCAUCUGGAAAAAAUGCUCAACAACGCUCGCCGCGACAACGACGUUCUGAGGAGUGAGGUUGAUGAAUUACGCGCGCAGCUAAACCAGCAGCAAGCCAAUGGACAGUCGCGCCAGGCGUCAAUAUUCGAGCAUCACACCAUCUCAGCUCCGCAGACGAACGGUCAGGUACACGGUCCGAUCUACCCCAGCUACGCCCAAGGCUCCGCCAUGGCGCAAGAGCAGCCUCGUACAUUGCCCCCACUCAUGAAUGGGUCUGUUGCUCCUAUGCAAGGCGUACAGUACACCGAUGAUCGACGGUAG